AUGCAUGUGGGUGGUGUAUUCGACCAAGUGAGUGUGGAAAACCCAACCUGGAACGAUAAGUUCAUCUCCCGAGUCAGUUCUGAUUUCCUCGCCUGUGACACCUCCGUCGUCGCCGUCGAGAUCUACGCUGUUGGGGUCAUCCGCGACCAUCUGAUCGGCACCGUCUGUAUCCUAAUUAGCAACUGCCUUCCGGCCACCAACCUUCGAUUCAGAAACUUCACCUCAAGAUCUCCCUUCCUCACUGCCGUCCAGAUCCGACGCCCCUCCGAGAGAUUUCAUAACAUUCUCAACGUAGCUGCGGUAGUGGUCAACGCCUCAGACUUCGCCUCCUUGAUUGGAACGCUGGCGAUCGACCACCACGAUCUAAUGGGACGGAGUCUUCGAUGUCGGCGCAGUCACUGGCAACGAACCGCGAAGAGCGAGCAACUCUCGGGCAGGGAAUCAUGUGAUCACUCGUGUGCAGACUCCACCGACUCCUCAGAGGGCGCAGAUUCGACGACUUCCUCUUCGUCGACAGCAUCAACGAUUCUCAAGGAUUGUAAUAUAUUGAGAGAUGGUGGGAACAAAGGCAUUCAAAUCGGACGAUGGAGGAGUGCUAUGCGGGUUGGGGUCUCAAAUGCAGAUUCAUCUGAGCCCAUCAGAUCAAAAUUUCCAAGUUGGGCAUGGGCAAUCAUGUAAAUUCCACCGUAUAUCAUAAGCCAUGAUGCAUGCACUUUCCCGGAUCCACGUGCAUUAAAAAAAGAAAUAGAAUAUUAAAAAAAAAGGAAGGUGCUACCAUAUAAACAGGGGCAGAGAGAUCCACAGAGGGGAGGAGAUUUUUUUUUGCUGGAGCAGAGAGAUCCACACGGAGAAGUUGGCUUGGAGGAGGAGACUUUUUUCUUGGGGAGCGGAAAUUCACCUACAAGGGUAAUCUUUUUUAUAUAGAGGACAGAUCAAGAGAGUAUUUUUCCCAGGACAAUACAGGUUACAAGAUUGGGAGAUAAGUUCUACAAGAUGAUGUAAUGUUUUCCCUUGAGUCUUUUUAGAUGAGUGUUCUUGGGAGUUAUGUAAACUCCUUUAUGAGAGUUUUGGGAGGGUUUAUGUAACAAUGUCUUGUCACAAAAUUACUAAAGGGCUAGGAAGAUUGUUACGACAUUGAGUCUUUUUUGUAUGCUAGCAAUUUUAUUCCAAUUUAUUUUCUAGCUUAGGAAACCUUUUAGAUAGUGACUUUCUCUUCAUUAAAGAUUCAAAGUUGUUGUUUGUCCAAUCAGAAAGUUAUAAGUACAUCUAAAAAGAUUUAGCUAGUGGCAAGUUAGGCGAUCAAAGGGUAUAAAAAGGAUCAAUAUAUUUUUCUGAAAUUCAAAUGGUUUAUUAAAUAUUUAAAAACUAUAGGGACCGCUCAAGUGGGGUAAUAGCGCUCAAGCACUUAACAAGCGCUCAAGUGGUGGUUAAGUGCACUCGUGCAAAAUUUGCCAGAAUAUGAUAAAAAAUUUUGAAUUAUUCACGCAAAUCAAGUUUGAAAACUUUGAGAUACUGAUUCAUUAAGGUUUUUAUGCCUAUAUAAACCUUAUUAUAACCCUUCUAGGGUAAGACACAUUUCAUGGGAGUAAGCCUACCUUGUCAUACCUGUGGACCCGUAUU